AUGACUGAUGCUGCAGUGGUGUGUAGAGAGCUGGACUGUGGGGAGGCUGUAGCAGUAUUGCAUAAUGCCCAUUUUGGAGAGGGAUCAGGACCAAUCUGGAUGGAUAAUGUGGCCUGCAGUGGGUCAGAGUCUACACUGAAGAACUGUACAUCAGCAGGAUGGGGCAAACAUAACUGUCUUCAUUCUGAAGAUGCUGGAGUCAUCUGCUCAGGUCAUGUGACCAGACUAGUGGAUGGAUUUAACUUGUGUUCUGGGAGACUAGAGCUUCUACGUGGAAACAAAUGGGGCACGGUGUGUGAUGCUGCCUUUGACCAGCAGGAUGCAGAGGUUGUGUGUCGAGAGCUGGGCUGUGGGGCUCCUGGAGAAAUUCUGGGAGGAGCAGCUUUUGGCAGAGGGGAGGGCCAUGUGUUGUCAGAUGAGUUUCAGUGUGGAGGAAAUGAAUCUGAGAUUUUCCUUUGUCCAAAAUCAACUUCCCAAAAACAAAACUGUUCUCACGAUAAUGAUGUGGGACUUACAUGCAGCGCUUACACAGAGUUCAAACUGGUUGGAGGCCUUGACUCCUGUGCUGGUCGAGUUGAGCUGCGGUACCUGAAUGAGUGGGGCACAGUGUGUGAUGCAUCAUGGGACAUGAGAGCUGCCAGUGUCCUCUGUAGACAGCUGAAUUGUGGGAGUGCUCUGGGGGUCGUGGGGUUGGACCGUUUUGGAGAGGGGAGUGGCCACAUUUGGUCUGAUGUGUUUGAUUGCCAGGGGAAUGAGACGCACCUGUCAGAAUGUGUCAUCUCUUCAUGGAGUCGAGCUUCAUGUUCUCAUGAACAGGAUGUUGGAGUCAUCUGCUCUGAUUCCUCAAAGUCUCUUCAGGAUGGAAUGCUGCGGACCACUGGAGAGGGAGAAUGUGAGGGAGAAGUUGAGCUUUAUUACCGUAAGGCCUGGAGGAGAGUUCUGUUGAACUCUUUUGGUUUCCCUGAAGCAUCUGUGGUCUGCAGACAGUUGGGUUGUGGCUCUGCUGUAAAGUUCUGGACCUCCUUUCCAUCCAGCAUCAAAGGCACUGAAAUGUGUCUGACAGAUUUUUCAUGCUCUGGGAAUGAAGCUCAUGUAUAUCAAUGCAGACGAAUUGCUGGCACAGUCUGCAGUCACAGUGAAUAUCCAUCUGUCACCUGCUCUGGUGAGACACUCAUGUCCCUCAGACUGGUGGGUACUAGGAGUGACUGUGCAGGGAGAUUGGAAAUUUUCCACAAAAACUCAUGGGGAACAGUAUGUGAUGAUUCCUGGGAUAUUGAGGAUGCCCAGGUCGUGUGCAGACAGCUCCAGUGUGGAGAGGCCCUGAGUGUUCCAGUUCCAGCCUGGUUUGGUCCUGGAACUGGACCCAUAUGGCUGGAUGAGGUGGAGUGCCUGGGGAAUGAGACGUCCCUGUUGAGUUGUUCUUCAAAGAGAUGGGGACAACAUGACUGUGGACACAGUGAAGAUGUGGGAGUGGUGUGUUCAGAGUUCAAAGAGGUCAGACUUACUGAAGGCUGCUCAGGGAACCUGGAGGUAUUUUAUAAUGGGACCUGGGGUAAUGUCUGCAUGAACCAGAUGGACUCAGACACAGCCUCUUUAAUCUGCCAAGAGCUGAACUGUGGAAAGAGUGGCAGUGUUGACUGGGCCAGACCAAGAGUGGCUUCAGCUCCAAACUGGCUUGAUUUAAUGAAAUGCAGACCACAUGACGUCACUCUGUGGCAGUGUCCAUCUUCACCCUGGGGUCAGAAUGAAUGCACUGAUGUGGAAGUGGCUCAAAUUACCUGUUCAGAAGAAAAAAAUUUGAAUCCACGAAGUCAUUUGACAUGUUCAGCAUCUACAGCCCAGAGGCCUUGUUCAAACCGUCUACCUCUCAGAUUGAUGGGAGGAGAGGGCCAAUGCUCUGGGAGGCUGGAGGUUUAUCAUAACGGUACCUGGGGCUCAGUCUGUGAUGAUCUGUGGGACAUGAGGGAUGCUCAGGUGGUGUGCAGGCAGCUGGGCUGUGGUCAGGCACUGAGGGCUGAUGGGAGUGUUGUCUCUGGUCAUGGAGAGGACACUGUGUGGCUGAGUAGAGUGGAGUGCAGAGGCAGUGAGUUCCAGCUGUGGGACUGCUCUCUCUCCCUGAAGAACCACACUGACUGUUCCAAAGAGAGACAUGCCAAGGUCACCUGUACAGAUGGUGCCACAAUUUUUGUGAGGCUGGUGAAUGGUGGUAAGCGCUGUGCUGGGAGAGUGGAGGUUCUUCAUGAGGGACAGUGGGGCACGGUUUGCUCUUAUUACUGGGAUAAGACUGAUGCUGCAGUGGUGUGUAGAGAGCUGGACUGUGGGGAGGCUGUAGCAGUAUUGCAUAAUGCUCAUUUUGGAGAGGGAUCAGGACCAAUCUGGAUGGAUAAUGUGGCCUGCAGUGGAUCAGAGUCUACACUGAAGAACUGUACAUCAGCAGGAUGGGGCAAAAAUAACUGUCUUCAUUCUGAAGAUGCUGGAGUCAUCUGCUCAGUUUACACAGAGUUCAAACUGGUUGGAGGCCCUGACUCCUGUGCUGGUCGAGUAGAGCUACGGUACCUGAAUGAGUGGGGCACAGUGUGUGAUGCAUCAUGGGACAUGAGAGCUGCCAGUGUCCUCUGCAGACAGCUGAAUUGUGGGAGCGCUCUGGGUGUUGUGGGGUUGGAUCGUUUUGGACAGGGCAGUGGUCAAAUUUGGUCUGAUGUGUUUGAUUGCCAGGGGAAUGAAACCCACCUGUCAGAAUGUGUCAUCUCUUCGUGGAGUCGAGCUUCAUGUUCUCAUGAACAGGACGUUGGAGUCAUCUGCUCUGAUUCCUCAAAGUCUCUUCAGGAUGGAACGCUGCGGACCAUUGGAGAGAGAGAAUGUGAGGGAGAGUUUGAGAUUUAUUCCCGUAAGGCCUGGAGGAGAUAUCUGGUGAACUCUUACGGUUUCCCUGAAGCCUCUGUGGUCUGCAGACUUUUGGGCUGUGGCAGUGCUACAAAGUUCUGGAGCUCCCAUCCAUCCAGCAUUAAAGGCACUGAACUGUGUCUGACAGAUGUAUUGUGCUCUGGGAAUGAGGCUCAUGUAUUUCAAUGCAGACACAGUCCUGGUGCAGACUGUGCUCAUUACCAAUAUCCAUCAGUCAUCUGCUCUGAUUCAGGUCCCAGGUCCCUCAGGCUGGUGGGUUCUGGGAGUGAUUGUGCAGGGAGACUAGAGAUUUUCCACAAAAACUCAUGGGGAACAGUGUGUGAUGAUUCCUGGGAUAUUGAGGAUGCCCAGGUUGUGUGCAGACAGCUCCAGUGUGGAGAGGCCCUCAGUGCCCCAGUUCCAGCCUGGUUUGGUCCUGGAACUGGACCCAUAUGGCUGGAUGAGGUGGAGUGCCUGGGGAACGAGACAUCCCUGUUGAGUUGUUCUUCAAAGAGAUGGGGACAACAUGACUGUGGACACAGUGAAGAUGUGGGAGUGGUGUGUUCAGAGUUCACAGAGGUCAGACUUACUGAAGGCUGCUCAGGGAACCUGGAGGUAUUUUAUAAUGGGACCUGGGAUCAAUCCUCUCCACCUGAAACCACCACAGGUGAAUGUCAUUGUUAUGAGCUGGAAAGUAAUGACAUCUACCGGUUCCUUACCAACAUCAGUUGUUACCAGAUGGACCACAACCUCAAAGACUCAAUCUCCAGUUCCACGUCAUUCUGUUCCUUUGGCAGUUUUCUUGGUUCUAGGAACACUGCUCCUACUGCUGGUGGUGCUUCUGCCCUUUCCAAGAGGAAACACAUGACUAUAUCUGAAGUGGUGUAUGAGGAGAUUAAUGAAAGAUUCAUCACUAAAAGAACCAGUAACACUGUUCAGAGGGGGGGAAAUGAGGAGGAGGCUACACCAGAGGACUAUGAUGAUGUCAGGUCUGUUGGAGAUGUUCAGCAAAAUGUUCAGAAGAUGGAAUAUGAAAAUGUGGUGGAAGAAACUCUCAAAGGAGAGAGAAAACUCUCUGAAGAUUACGUCAACACCACCGAAGUGACCAAAUAA